UGUGUGUGAAAAUGUUGAAAAAUUAUUUGCAGUGAAAAACCAGUAUUUCAAUGGCCGCCACCUCCGCCCUGUUUGUUCUUGACAUAAAGGGGCGGUGCUUGAUCAGCCGCGACUACCGCGGCAAUGUCUCCACCGCCGAGGUCGAGCGGUUUUUCUCUAAGCAUCUCGAAAAGGAGGUAGAUAUGGAGUCUCACGGGCCGAUAUGCUAUGACAAUGGCGUGAGCUACGUGUUUAUUCAGCAUAGCAACGUGUAUAUAUUGGCGGCAUCAAGGCAGAACAGCAAUGCGGCUACCUUACUCGUGUUCCUACACCGUGUCGUUGAUGUUUUGAAGCACUAUUUUGAGAAGUUGGAAGAGGAGUCUCUCAAAGACAACUUUGUUGUAGUGUAUGAAUUGCUUGAUGAAAUCAUGGACUUUGGAUAUCCUCAAUACACGGAAGCGAAGAUACUAAGCGAGUUCAUCAAGACGGAUGUUUAUCGUAUGGAGGCUUCUCAGAAGCCUCCAAUGGCCGUGACCAAUGCAGUGUCGUGGCGUAGUGAAGGGAUAAUGUAUAGGACUAAUGAAGUGUUUCUCGAUGUGGUUGAGAAGGUGAAUCUUCUUGUCAACAGCAACGGGCAGAUACUCCGCUCAGAAGUGAACGGGGCGUUGAAGAUGCAGACGCGUUUGAGUGGUAUGCCUGAAUGCAAGCUUGGCCUCAAUGAUAGAGUGUUGAUGGAGUCUCAAAAUCAAUCAUCAAGAGUGAAAGCCAUUGAUUUGGAAGAUAUCAAAUUCCAUCAAUGUGUUCGUCUGGCUCGAUUCGAGAAUGAUCGCACGAUCUCUUUCAUACCGCCCGAUGGAAUGUUCGACCUCAUGACAUACAGACUCAGUACUCAGGUGAAGCCACUGGUUUGGGUGGAAGCUCGUAUCGAGAGGCAUUCAAGGAGCCGGGUCGAGAUGUUGGUGAAAGCGCGAAGCCAGUUCAAGGAACGAAGCACUGCAACGAGUGUCACGAUCGAGUUGCCCCUGCCCCCGGAUGCAACGAGCCCGACCGUCAAGACAUCAGUGGGAUUUGCCAAGUAUGCACCAGAAAAGGAUGCCUUGUUGUGGACUAUCAAGUCUUUCCCUGGCAACAAAGAAUUCUUGUUGAAAGCAGAGUUCAAACUCCCUUCUGUUUUAUCUGAGGAUGCAGUGGACAGAAAACCCCCAAUUUGUGUCAAGUUUGAGAUUCCAUACUACACUGUUUCUGGAAUGCAGAUUCGAUACCUUAAAAUCAUCGAGAAGAGCGGUUAUCAAGCGCUUCCAUGGGUGAGGUACAUCACCAUUGCUGGAGACUAUGAGCUCAGGCUGAGUUGA